AUGUUGAUUCCAUCUGUUCGCGCUCUGGCGCUCAUUUCAGCGCUGAUCGCAGCCGCAGCCGCAGACUUGCCUACAAUCGAUACCGUUUAUGGAUCAAUUAAGGGUGCUGCUUCGCCCUUCCGUGAGGGAGUCACCGUCUACAAGGGUAUCCCCUUUGCUGCCCCUCCCACUGGCUCCAGACGAUGGACUCCUCCUGUCAAGCCCACCAAGUGGUCUGGUGUGCUCAAUGCCACCGAAUUCGGUCCUCAGUGCGCUCAGCCAUACUCCGAUGCUGGCAUCUUCUCUAGUGGCAAGAACUCCACCAGCGAGGACUGUCUUUCCCUGAACAUCUGGACCCCAGAGUACAACACCACCGAUCUUAAGGAGAUUGCCGCCAAGAAGCUCCCCGUCUAUGUCUGGAUCUUCGGUGGCCGCUUCGAGGGCGGCUCCGGAGAUGUCAUUACUUACGACGGAACUGGUUUGGCCUCCAAGGAUAUUAUCGUUGUGACCCUCAACUACCGUCUCGGCGCUUUCGGUUUCCUUGCUCACCCCGAGCUGUCUAAGGAAUCCGGCCACAACAGCUCUGGAAACUACGGUAUUCUCGACCAGCAGUUUGCUCUCCGCUGGGUUCAUGAGAAUAUUGAAUUCUUCGGUGGUAACUCUAGCCAGGUCACUGUCGGUGGCCAGUCUGCUGGGUCCGCUAGUGCCUUGGACUCUAUGUGGAGUCCCCUCACCAAGGGCCUUGUUCACGGCGUCAUCUCGGAGAGCGGUGCUCGUGGACCCUAUGACCCGGCGACCGGCAGUGUCGCCACUAGCUACAACACCAAGGAGGAGGCCGAGUCUUUCGGUGUUACCUUCCUUGAGACGGUCAAUGUCACAUCUAUUUCCGAGCUCCGAGACCUCCCAAUGGCUACUCUUAUCGGUGAAGGUCAAUUGAUGGAGUCUGACUACUACGACAAUACUAGCUUUGUUGACCUCUGGUCCGGCCCACCGCGCUGGCGCCCUGUUAUCGACGGCUACGUGUUCCUCCAUGGAUACGGAAAGUCGCUAUCGUUGAACUCCCAUGCCGAUGUGCCUAUCUUGACUGGUAACAACAAGGAUGAGAACAACGGUGGUGCUUCUACCGUCAGUGACUACAAGACUCUGUGGACCGAGGUCUUCCAGAACUACUUUUCUGAGUUCUUCUCCCUAUACCCCGCUGCGAAUGCCACUCAGGCCGAAUCAAACAGUGAUGAAGUCCUGCGCGACAUGGCCCGCAUUGGUACUUGGGAAUGGGCUGCUAUGUGGGCCGCUGGCGGCGCCAAGAGCAAUGUCUACACCUACUACUUCACCAAGACCCCCGCCGAGGAUGAGUCUGGUGGUGUCUAUCACGGUGCUGAGCUCUGGUACACCUUCAACAAUAUCCCUUACUCCGACUACUCCAACGUCACCUGGAACACCACCGACUACGAGGUUGAGGCUACUAUUUCUGAGUACUGGGCCAACUUCAUCCGCACCGGCAACCCCAACGGCGACAGCCUGCCCUACUUCCCUCCUUCUACCGCCGCAAACAAGACCACCAUGUGGCUUGGUGAGUGGUGCGGCGCUAGUAUCAUUUCCGAGACCGCUGCCCGUUUCAACUUCCUGAGACGCUGGAUGUCCCACUUGCAUGAAUACUAG